CUUGCCAGGAGGGAGCCGGAGGGGCUCUGCCAGCCCGCCGCAGACCUGCCCGGCUGCGCGCCGCGCCCAGUGCGUCCCAGCAGCCGCGGGUGCCGCGCCGAAGGCGGCCGAGAGAUCCCGGGACGCGCAGCUUCCCGCAAUCCCCCAGCGCCCUGGCGUCCUGGUCGGCCGGCAUGGCUGUGCUUCUAGUGGCGGUGCUAACGUCCUCGCUCUACCUGCAGGUGGCUGCCGACUUCGACGGGAGGUGGCCCAGGCAAAUAGUAUCUUCCAUUGGCCUAUGUCGCUAUGGUGGCAGGAUUGACUGCUGCUGGGGCUGGGCUCGCCAGUCCUGGGGACAGUGUCAACCUUUCUACGUCUUAAGGCAGAGACUAGCAAGGAUAAGGUGCCAGCUCAAAGCUGUGUGCCAACCACAGUGUAAACACGGAGAGUGCGUCGGGCCAAACAAGUGCAGAUGUCACCCUGGAUUUGCUGGGAAAACCUGCAACCAAGACGAGCCCAUCCACCCAACUCCUCUUGACCAAGGCAGUGAACAGCCUCUUUUCCAACCCCCGGAUCAUCAAGCUACAAGCGUACCUUCAAGGGAUUUAAACGAGUGUGGCCUGAAGCCGCGGCCCUGCAAGUACAGGUGCAUGAACACCUUCGGCAGCUACAAGUGCUACUGUCUCAACGGAUACAUGCUGAUGCCGGAUGGGUCCUGCUCAAGUGCCCUCUCGUGUUCCAUGGCAAACUGUCAGUAUGGCUGUGAUGUGAUCAAAGGCCAAAUCCGAUGCCAGUGUCCUUCCCCUGGCCUGCAGCUAGCUCUUGAUGGGAGGACCUGUGUGGAUAUCGACGAGUGUGCGACUGGAAGAGUCUCCUGCCCCCGGUUUAGGCAGUGCGUCAACACGUUUGGGAGCUACAUCUGCAAGUGUCACACUGGUUUCGACCUCAUGUACAUUGGAGGCAAAUAUCAAUGUCACGACAUUGACGAGUGCUCCCUUGGACAACACCAGUGCAGCAACUAUGCUCGAUGCUACAACAUACAUGGCUCCUACAAGUGCCAAUGUAAAGAUGGAUAUGAGGGGGACGGACUGAACUGUGUGUAUAUCCCGAAAGUCAUGAUUGAACCUUCAGGUCCGAUUCAUAUGCCAGAGAGAAAUGGUUCAAUCUUAAAGGGUGAUGGAGGAUAUGCUAAUAGGAUUCCCGAUGCUGGAAGUACUAGGUGGCCCCUGAAGACACCGUAUAUUCCUCCUCCUGUCAUUACCAACAGGCCCACCUCCAAGCCAACAACAAGACCUACACCAAACCCAACACCACAGCCUACUCCACCACCCCCGCCACCCCUCCCAACAGAGCUCAGAACAACCCCACUACCACCAAUCCCAGAAAGGCCAGCCACCAGCCCCACCACUGUGGCACCUGCUACACAAGUAGUCACCGUCGACAACAGGAUACAGACGGAUCCCCAGAAACCCAGAGGAGAUGUGUUCAUUCCGAGGCAGCCUUCGAAUGACCUGUUUGAAAUAUUUGAAAUCGAAAGAGGAGUCAGCGCUGAUGAGGAAGCGAAGGACGACCCAGGCAUUCUCAUACACAGCUGUAAUUUUGACCACGGACUUUGUGGAUGGAUCAGAGAAAAGGAUAGCGACUUGCACUGGGAGCCAACCAGGGACCCAGCAGGUGGACAGUAUCUCACAGUGUCUGCAGCCAAAGCCCCGGGGGGAAAGGCUGCCCGCUUGGUGUUACCUCUCGGCCACCUCAUGCAUUCAGGGGACCUGUGCCUGUCCUUUAGGCACAAGGUGACUGGGCUGCACUCGGGCGCCCUGCAGGUGUUUGUGAGAAAACAUGGUACCCACGGAUCAGCCCUGUGGGGAAGAAAUGGUGGCCAUGGCUGGAGGCAAACCCAGAUCACCUUGCGAGGGGCUGACGUCAAAAGCGUCAUCUUCAAAGGUGAAAAAAGGCGUGGUCACACGGGGGAGAUUGGAUUGGAUGAUGUGAGCUUGAAAAGAGGUCGCUGCUGAGAAGACCGUUGGCAGCGCCCCAGCUCGCAGUGAAUUUGUUGCUUUCCCUUGUUUCCCAAUGCUUGCCUUCUCAUCUCCCUCUGAUCAGGCCCAGGGCAGGAGUGGAUCAGGAGGAAGGCUGCUUGGUGACUCAGGUCUUGGUGGCCUGUUUUUGUGCAAUCCCAGUGACCGGCGACACUCUCGAAGUUCAGGAGCAUCUGGAGACACCUCCAGGCCCCUCUGGGGUGGUACCUUCUACCUGUGUCUUCUUUAGGAAGGCCUUUGGUGUGUGUGACCCGUGUCAUCCUUCAUCGUGAUUACAGAGUGGGCCUGCUAGCCAAUUACGGGAGACGUUUCAUUCUGUGCAAAUGCUAUUCUGCGAUCUGUCCAGUGUUGUACCAUGAGUAGUAUUGACUUGGCUUACAGUACGAUGUGCAGCGUGCUCGUGAAAUUAGUGUACCCUUUUCACUUAAGUUACUUCUGGCCUGACCUCAACUCUGACUUUUACUGCCAUACACUUUUUAACGGAAGGUGCACAACAUAUUAAGAUACAUUUAUUCUUGUAAACUGUGUCUUUCUAUUAAAGACAGUUAUAUAGGGUGGGCAUGGAAUUUCUGAUUAGUAGUACUGUGUUUGUGUAAAUGUGCUAUUAAUAUAAGUAUUUACGUGUUCCUAAAUAUUCACAGACUCUAGUUGCAAGGUCAAAGGCAGCUUAUGAUCCCCUGAGUUAAAAAAUAAAUGGUGACCUGUCAUCUAUGACCUUAAACUGGCAGCAAGAAAACUAGCAGAGGUGUGCAACUGAGGUAGUGGAAUAAUGGCUUUCUUUCUAUGUCCUUGAGCUUGAUCUAUGCAGAAGAGAGUAAACCAUUAAGGGAAGAGAGGACCUGCAGUUAAUAUAUAAAACCCCUAUAAACCAACAGCUUUCACCAUUGUUACUCGCCUCCAUUGGUAAGAAGCUUUGUAAAGAUACUGUGUGGGGGGAGUGGAACACUAGGGGAAGGUCCAUGAGACAGGAGUUUCUAAUGAGCUUUAAAUUGGCAAGGUUUCCACGAGUGUAGCUCACAAUGUUACCUGAGGCUGGGAUGGGAAGCCGGUCUGUGCACCGAGGCGAUGCACGCAAUGCUGGAAGGACACUCACGCAGUAAAGAACAAGAUUGGAAUUUUAAUAUCCACAGAGCUCCAAAUGCGUCUCCUCCCUGUCAGACCUCUCUGUAUUAAAAACGCAUAACUUUAACGAGUCGACUUUCUCCUUACAGCUCUCUCAUUUCUGAUUAAGUAAUCGAAAUAUUUUUCUGCUGUCUUUGCCAGGAGACAUACAGAUGAUUAAAGGGUUGGAAAAAAAGAUCUAUGGUGAAAAGCUAAAGGAACUGGGAAUGUUCCACCUGGAGCAGAGAAGACUGAGGGGCAGACCAUGGGUGCUCUUCCAGGCUGCGGACGGUUGGCACCGAGAGCUUGGAGAGCAGCCGUUCUCCAUGUGUACUGAGAAUAGGACCAGAGGAAACAGGGUUAGGGUAGAGUGUGAGGGGGCAUUUCCGGGCAGGGGCAGUUGCUAAGCCCAAUCCUUUACAAAAAACAAGUGUGAGUCAUAUUUGUUCUCUCUCUCUCUCUCUCUCUCUCUCUCUCUCUCUCUCUCUCUCUCUCUCUCUCUCUCUCUCCCUCUCCCCUCCUCUCUCCUAUCUUCCACUCAUAUCUCCAUCUCUCCCCCUCACUGUUUUCUUCUUUUCCUCUCUAUCUUCUCUCUCCCUUCCCUCCAUUGAAACAAAACUACAUAAAAUUUUAUGUAUUUAAGGUGCACUUACUUCAAGGUAAAUUACCCAAUUGUGGGAUCUAGAAGACGCUUUGGGCCUCACAGUUGUCCAUAACAAGGGCAAUCUUCAGAACGAAACUAAGUGGUUUGGGCUGAGCUCUAAGUUAGGCUUUUGGCUCUUGACCUCCUGCUGGGAAGGGUUCAAAAGGAAAGGUCGAGCUCACUAAAAUGCUCUUCACUCAACAGCCAACCCAGCAGUAUUAAAAGAACAAAUCCCCAAAUUAUUUACUCCUGGAGAGGUUGUGUCACACAGAUGCUGUCCUCUCUCACUGAUGUCCUAAUAUGGCGGUGCUAGUGUUUUAUUCCAGGGUAAGGUGCAACCCCAUGGUUUGUUGAGUAGGUGCUUAGACUUGUUCUUCAGAGACCCCAAGAAACAUGACUGAGAGAUUUUGUCUGGUGCAUUGCCUCUGGUUUGCAUUGACAAGUUAACAUGGCUACUGAGGUCAUGUCAACCACAGCACCGUUAGCCCUCCCCCUCACCUCUUCCCGUGGCUUACUUUCUUACUGGGAGCCUUCCAAGUUCCACAAGCCGGUAAUGCUUUCUGAACAGGUCCAAGGGACUUGGCCGUUUAGCUCAAUAGAGGCAGGGUUGGAGUUUCUGAUGUAGAAGAACACCUAAAAUGCUCUUAGGUCCAUUUUUUCAUGAUCCAUUUCCUGUUUGGUCAUGUAACUGCACAGCAGAAGAAGAAAGGGGAAAGUAAAUGAGAAUUUCACCCUUAGGUGCCAAUAAGACAUUGCACUGGUGGAAGAAGUUAUCCAAAGUACUGUAGAACAUCUUGUUAUUAUUUAAUGUUUUCUAAAGUGAAAAAUGUUUGUGGUUUUCAAAAUGGACGAACAAAAGCAAUCUUUGUAAAUAAAGCACUGUUAAUACUGC